AUGAUGAGAAGGAAGACGGAUCGGGAGCAGGAGUGGCGGAGUCAGCAGGCGCUGCGGAGGCGGCGAAGCGGGCGGGGAUACGGACAAGCAGCUCAAGCGGCGUUUGGCGGCAGCACAGGCGACAACGGGGAGAGCGGGAAGGAGAGCGAUGGUGAAGGGGGGGCUGCUGAUGGAGCUGGCUGGUGGGCAAUUGACGAGCCCGAAGCCGGCAAGAUGCGCAUAUCAGCUGUCGCUCUGUAUCAGUGCCCCCCAUUCGCAUUUCCACCCCCAAUCCCACCCCCAUUCCCAUCCCCAUUUCCAUCCCCUGUCCCGUCCCCUCUCCCCCCAUCGUCUUCCACUUGUCCAUCCCCAUCCCCUUCUCCAUCCCCAUCCCCAUCACCAUCCUCUUCAACGUCGACAGAUGAAAUGGUGCAGCAAGUAGCCUGCAUCAUUCGCCACUCUCAUGGCUCUCUCCGUUUGCCCCUCUGUUCCCCACUGCCCCCCUCCUCCCCUCUCCCCUCCCCAGCUCCGCACCUGUUUCUCCCGUGCCAAGUCUGCACAAAUUCUCACCCCUACCCCUAUGGUGUGGUGUCUAUGCCCACCCGCUUACUCUCCCAUUCCCGCCUCCUCCAACCCAGUCCAUGUCUACCGUUUCCGCGCCGCACCUGCUACUCGUGCACCCAUUCCUGGCCCAUGACUUCCCUCCCCUGCAACAUGGGCGCACUGUUCAAGGGAGAAUCCGCGGGCUGCUGGGUGCACUCCUUGCCAGGCGGCAACGCACCUUCCCGUUCGCUGCCCAUUGCCCUCUUUUUUCCCCCCCGCGCCCCUCCCUCCACCAGCGCCGCACCUGCUUCUCCUGCGCUGAUUUCUGGCCCUCUUUCACCUGUGCCCUACAACUUGGGCGCACUCUUCACGGGGAACCUGCGGGCUGCUCAGUGCACUCCUCAAGGAAGUGCUCUGUCAGGGAGGUGGCAGCUCAGGCGCGAAAGCGGAGAGGCGUGA